CAAGCAGGUGGCGGUUCGUUCGAAGUGGUUAGCAAACAUCCGACGAUGGCGAACAGCCAAAGUGUAGUAGGUCGUGCAAAGAGUGGUUCCGCUAUACGCGAGUACUACCGGGAGCUCAGCGGGUACGACGAGUUUGGCCCACAGUAUGCCGACCUUCCGAUGGAGAUUUUGGUCAAGAUAUUCACCUAUCUCAAUGCGUCGGAUCGCUGCGUCGCCGGGCAAACGUGUCAGCGGUGGCUCGAGGCAACACAGCACAACCACUUCCGGGAGCGCCUCUGGCUAGCGCUGCAUCGCACCACGUUCGACACGAACGUAGCACCGAUGGCCGAUCUGUUGGCCAGUAGCCGUACCUUCCCGAACCUCAGCUUCAGUGAGGUUGACUUCGAACGGGUCGGCAACUUCUUUGAACGAUUCGGUGGGACGAUCCGGCGGAUCGAGUUCCGGGCUUGUGAGAUACAGGAGCGAACGCUGUACAAUAUUCUGCGUCACUUGUCCGGCUUGCGAUCGCUUACGAUACAUUCGUGCCGUGAUCUGUUCAUGUGCAUACGACUGUUUGAAGAUCCGACUGAACGGGCCGAGCUGAUGCGCACACUGGCCAACGUGCGUGAACUGCGGCUUACGAACAACCAAUACCUGUCCGAUGCGACACUGCAUCGGUUCUGCGAAGUGAUGCCCUCGUUGGCCGUGCUAGACCUGUCCGGUUGCCACAUCUCCUUCCACAAGGGCCUCUACAGGAAGUUCUAUCCUGCCAGCAAUGGACAGCAACCAUCGGAGAGCGUUCUGACGUUUCACUACAUUUCCCGGUUGAUCGAGGAGCGAAAACAGAAACUUCUGGUGCUCAAUUUCAGCGAAACGCUCAUCGAUGAUAGUGCGCUGGAGCUGCUGACUGGACUGCAACCGGAUUUGCGGCUCGAGAGGCUUGAGCUGAACCAAUGCGAACAGCUGUCUCCCCGUGGGCUAGAGGCGCUGCUCCAUACACAGACGAACACUCUGACGCAGCUGCAUCUUACCAGGGCGUACCGGUUAACCGAUACCUGUCUCCAGCAGAUCUGCCAUGAGCUGCCGGCACUUCGUGUGUUGCGGAUGCGUGAAUGCCGUGCACUCAGUGACCAGGGAGUGCGGGAGUUGGCGCACUUGCGGGCUCUCGAAGUACUGGACGUAUCAUACUGCAGGGACAUCACGGGCGAGGGGCUACUUGCUGGGCUGGUAGCUCAAUCUCAACGACCCAACUGCUCCCUACGUGAGCUACACAUACGUGCCCUUAACCAUCUCAGCGUGCAUGCGAUCGUCGAGCUUACGAAAUGGCUACCAGAGCUCCGCCUCUUCGACUUGGGAUUCCACCAUCAGAGCAUGUUCGAGAUCGCCAUGCAGCACAUCUUCCGCAAUCUCGUGCGCCUCACCCAUCUGGACCUGGAGCAUUGCGACUAUGUGUCGGACAAUGGGAUGACUGGAAUUGGCAUGGGACCGUUAGUGGCAGACGGUGAUGGGAGAUCGGAAGCGUACGUACCUCGUGUUGAUGCCGAAGUGCGCCAAGCAGAAACCCCAAAUACUCCGAACGUGCCGGUCGCAGACCCGAUUCAGCCACCUCCGAUGCGCAUAUCGAUCCGGAGCCGGGCUGAGCAGCAGAUAGUCGAGGAAGCGGAGCGAAAGCAACGUCUAAUGGCUUUCAUCAAUACCCGACAGCCAACCACAGCGGCAGCGUCAAAAACUUCCGCGAAAACUGACGACCAGACGACCAAUGGUUACUCGAUCAGCCGGCUGAGGCAGCUGCGCAUUCUGAAUCUGACGCGGUGUAACCAGCUAACGGACGUUUCGUUGCUAUGCGAUUUCCGUCUGCCUGAACUGCAGCAACUUUCGCUCGCACAGUGUUCGCAGAUAUCCGUCGACGGUAUCCGGGCGCUCGUCCGUAGCUGCCCAUCGAUCGAACAGCUCGAUCUGAGCGAGUGCCACAGUCUGAACGAUCGUGCAGUGGAGCUGAUUACGGAACAUUUGCCUCGUCUGCGAACGCUCAGCUUACGCCGGUGUCACCAGCUGACGGAUUUCAGCCUCGAUUACAUCGCAUGCCACGCACGGCAGCUGCGAAUGUUGGAUGUGCGCGGCUGUAAGCACAUGUGUGAAGAUCCGGCCAUGCGGCUCGUCAGUCUGCCCCUGCUGACCACCAUACUACCGGGGUUGCACGACGAGAGUAAUGGUAUUUCGUCGACUGGUUUCGGUAUUACGUUGAUGGCCUCUUCACUGUCGUCGACUGCCGCUCCACGACGUCCCAUUCCGAGGCCUCCGGCGAUGCCGCUGUUGAUUUAAUAGCCGACGAACGGUGCUGCUCGCCAUUUUGCUGCUCUUCGAUGCCGGGUGUCUACUGCUUAUGGUGACGCUUUUAAGUCGGUGAAUCCACUACGCCACCAGGGAGAUACACUGUGAGAUAUUAACCAACUGAAAGUAUUAGUACUAGUCGUUGGAUACGGCGAGCAUAAUCAUCUAAUGACGCAAUAGGAAGAACAGGAUGGGUUUGCAAAAACCCAACAUCCGUUGUCGGAAAUAGGGCAUAACAACGUUACUCAGCACUAAUUCACUUAAGGGGAAAAAAGGUGUCUCGCGUUGAUAAGAAGCUUUAUUGAGCGAAAAGAGAUAAGCCUCUGACGACAUGUGUCGCUCAGGUUGAUAACACUACCAUUCAUCAAUAGCGAGCGAGUGAGCAGUGAACGGGCAGAUGGCCAUUUAAUCAAGAUAACUAUUGUUAUCAAACAAGAAGUGCAAUGUAAAUAUUUAACUAUUUAAUAUGCAGUAAUUAACAAUGUUUGUUAUGCUACGCUCCUUAAAUUGUAAACUUCGAGCGAAAGCCACAACGAUUAAAUUGUUUAUCAGUACUACAUUUGAUUGUAUCAGUACAACUUCAA